UUAUCGCAUCUAUUGUAGACCUUAGGUCGACAUUUAGUUCAACACGUGGCGAAAGAAAGGUUGUGUUGAGUUAUAUUAUAGACAAGUUGAGCUGCUAUCGUUUCUUUCUUCUGUUUUUCCAUUCUGUUUCAACACAAUCGACAUCUUUUUACUAAAUCUGCUUUAAUAAGUCAACUGUAGCCGUCCUACUUUGUUAUUACAAAUUCGUAGGAAAAAUCUGCUUCGGUAUUCUCUCCUAUUACAUUCUUAGUUUUCACUUUCCAAGGACUUAACCAUACAAUCAUCACGCACAUAGAACGACACCACAUCGAUAAGCCGAAGACGACUUACAAACGGGUUCUGCUUUAACUUCCACAACGAAUAAGGAUAGUGGACAUUUAUCUCGGAGUGAUGCCUGAGACACUAAACAAGUUAUCCGGAUCUGGAUCAGUUGCUUCAAUGAAUGGAAUGGAUACAAACGUAGUUCCGACUCAACAGAAUGGUACUAUACAUAACUCUGUACAGACAGGUACAAGUGCCGAAGAUAGUAAGACCAAUCUUAUUGUCAACUAUUUACCACAAGCCAUGACUCAGGAAGAGAUUCGUAGUCUUUUUUCGAGUAUUGGAGAGGUCGAGUCGUGCAAACUGAUUAGAGAUAAAGUUACAGGACAGAGUUUGGGAUACGGUUUUGUCAACUAUUUACGUCCCGAAGAUGCAGAAAAAGCGAUUAACACGUUAAAUGGUUUAAGAUUACAAAACAAAACAAUCAAGGUGUCAUAUGCCAGACCGAGCAGUGAAGCUAUCAAGGGUGCCAAUCUCUAUGUUAGUGGGCUACCAAAGUCCAUGACACAAUUGGACUUGGAAGGUCUGUUUUCUCCAUUUGGAAGGAUAAUUACAUCUCGCAUUUUGUGCGAUAAUAUCACAGAAUCGGAUUGUUCCCCCAACUCUUCUGCAGGUCUAUCGAAGGGGGUCGGUUUCGUUCGGUUUGACCAGCGGAUCGAGGCCGAAAGAGCUAUCAAACAUCUCCACAACACCAUUCCUGAGGGUGCCACAGAGCCUAUCACCGUCAAGUUCGCCAACAACCCGAGCAACAAUACCAAAGCCAUAGCACCAUUGGCAGCGUAUUUGUCACCUCAAAGGCGAUUCCCUGGUCCCAUUCACCAUCCUGCAAACCGCUUCAGGUACAUUCCACUCUCCCCCAUAUCAAGGUACUCGCCCUUGGCUGGCGAUCUUCUUGCCAAUCCCCUACUCGCGGGAAAUGCUAUGAAUGGCUCAGGAUGGUGUAUAUUUGUCUACAAUUUGGCACCGGAUACUGAAGAGAAUCUCUUGUGGCAACUCUUCGGACCAUUUGGUGCUGUGCAGAGUGUCAAGGUUAUUCGUGAUCUUCAAACCAAUAAAUGCAAGGGAUUUGGUUUUGUCACCAUGACUAACUAUGAUGAAGCCGUUGUGGCCAUCCAGAGUCUCAAUGGAUAUACGCUGGGUAACCGGGUGCUCCAGGUCUCCUUCAAGACCAACAAGUGCAAAUCAUAAACGCGUAAUUGGGAAAGGUCGAUGCCUGAUGGCUCCUCUACUUGGGAGGGGAUAAAGGGAGGGGUGGGUAAUAGGGUGGGGAGGGUGUAGGGGACAAAAAUCGCCAUGUUUUGGGGUCAUAACGAAGAAGAGACAUAAAGAAGAAGAGGAGGAGCGGGGUUGAUGUCCUUUUUCUCUGCUUGAUAUUGGAAUCUCCUCGCUCCUCAGGAAGUACAUCUUGGAUGAUUUAUGGAUUGAUAACAUUCCCCUGCAUCCAAUAGGGGAAAAAACUGUCAUAGGUGCUGUGGUCGACAUGCCAAGUCCUCCAGUUGCCACUUCCUCAAGAAACCAAACAAUCCAUAAAAUUAUAUACAGUAUAUGUGUGUGUGUGUAUAUAAGAAAAAAGGUGAUCACAAUUUUCUUUCUUAAUGGGGAAAGAGAUGGAACAAAGAAUGAUGUUAAGACGAAAAAAGGAAACUUGUUCCGUAUUGAACUUUAAACCCGCCAGGCGGGUAAAUAUGUUGGAUAUGGGAAGCACUUCGGUGUCAACCGCGCGUCAUUUAUAAUGUUUUUGGCAAGAAAAAUAUCCCUUCUACUUAAUAUCAUUUUUUUCUCUCCGCCAUAAUAGAAAAGUUUAAGAAACAGCACUCCCUAGAAACAAAGGAAUGGCAAUGAUUUCCCUUACCAUCGUUACGAUGUAACAGGAAUCCGAGCACAUUCUAUUCAAAUCACGCGAGAUUCAUGUGUACCCAUUCACUCACAACAUACAUACACACACAUCUGUCGAUAAAACGAGUCCAGUCAAGCACAUAAAUCUUAAAGAGGAAAAAAAUAAGAUUAAAAAAUGAUAAAAAAAUCAAGUUUAUUGCAAAUUUAAUCCUAUUCAUCUUAUUAAAAUUAUUAUCUUAGAAUUAAAAAAAUUUAGAUAGUGCCAUAUUUACUUAAUUUAUUAUAUAAGCAAUUUAAGAAAAAAAAACAAGAAAAUAAUAACUUUAUUUAUUUGAGGAUUUGACCUUAGGUCUUUCUCACUUUCGCGUCAAUUCACUAUUUAUUUAUUUGUAAAUUAUUAUAUUUAAAUAAUUGUGAGAUAUUGUAGAUUGUCAGUUCGUCUCGUCACUUUGUCAUUUAUAAUUAUUUUAGUUAUAGAUUAACUAAAUAUA